GGGGUGAGGUGCGCGCAGGCCGGCCGGGGACUGGUGGCGGUGUGAGCACCGCAGAUCGUCCUCAGAGCGGUCCCGACGCGGCCUCUGGGUGCAGAGCGGUGAGCGCGGCCGGAGGAAGGGUCACUGAGGUCAGCCCUCGGGACAGCGGCAUCCGACAGGGACUCAGUCAGCUGUCGGGACAACGGCACUCGACAGGGACUGAAUCUCUGGCGUCCUCCGUGUGGUGCGCGCACCUCCGGCUAUCCGACGAUACGACAAUGGAUUUUGUCAUUCUCAAGGUGAACGGCCAGGACGUGUCGCGGGCCAGCCACGAGGAUGCCGUGCGCGCCUUCCAGACCGCCAGGGAGCCGAUCGUGGUGGAGGUGCUGCGGAGAAGCGCCGACACUCUACAGAACAACGCCAACAUCGACGCCGGGAAGCUUCCCGAGGAGGCGGAGCACGUGACCACGUCGACGCAGACGGAGCUGUGGGCGUGGCAAGCCCCUGCCGAGUUUGCAUCCCCGCCGCCCUUUGCGGACGAUGCCGACGACGCCAGUGACCAUGGCUUCGACGACGCCGGUGAUGCACACCUGGAUUUUGAGGAGGUGACACUGCAUAGGUCGCUGACCUCGGAGCGCCUCGGGCUGACCCUGUACUACCCGGACGGGAACGAGGUUGACGAGCAGACCGAUGUGCUCGUGCAGAGCAUGGAUGUGGGAGGCAUCGCCGACAUGGACGGUCGUGUCCAGGCCGGGGAUCGCAUCGUCCAGAUCAACGGUGUGGAUGUGUGCAGCCGGGAAGAGGCGGAGCGUCUGCUGGCCAGCCAACCGGACGUCACUCUGCUCGUCUGCCGACCCGCCGAACAGGCAGAGUAUGACUGCGUUUUGGAACACGUGGGGACCGAAGAACCGAAUACGUCUCCACAACCCACAUACUUUGAGCGACCGCUAGAUAACAGGGUGGUCGACACGUUAUCGGCAGAAGGCAACGGCGAACGGAUCUCGCAGGAGAAGCGCGACACCAUGAAGAGUGGCAACAGUGUUAGCAGCACCAGCAGCGGCAGUAGUGGAAGCAGCAGUUCGCCGACAGGCCACCAGAGCGCCACCUUGCCGACAAUGGACGGGGAGCUGCUGCUUGUGCACCGGCAGAUGGCGUCCAUCCAGCAGGAGUGCGAGUCGCUGGCGCGCCGCCAGUGGGCCUCGCGCCGCCGCCAGGUCAUUGAUCACAUCUACGAGACGAUCCCCGAGGGCACGGAGCCGGACGAGCCGUUGUACUGUCAGCCGUACGAGCCGCGACCGCCGCCGGUGCCGGCGCCGGAGACGGCACCGCUCUGUCGCUUGGCCAGCUGGGUGUGUGUCGCCGCCGGUCGCACCGACGCGUGUCAGCGAGCCAGUGCUACCAACGACAGGGAGAGCAACAGCGGCAGGCAGGCGCCGCCUCAGGUGGCGGGCGAGCCGCUGACGCUCGAGCUGACCUUGCUUGAAGGUGAGGCGAGGCGCGAGACGGCCCCGGCCUUGAGAGAAGUGAACGAGCAGGUGCGCGUGAAUCCUGGCAUGUACAGUGACGUCGCCUGCCAACGCUGCCGCACAUGUAUGCGCCUGCCGCCGCUGCAGCCGGCAGCGACCAAGAACAAAAACAUCAUUAAUAGCGCCAAUACCGUGGAGAAGAACCGCAACUUUGUGGCGUUCCCUCCGCAGCACAUGAGCUACACGAACGCAGCGCACUUGCAAGAGACGAUGCGCCUCCAGCAUCGGCAGCUAUACCAGCGCGCUCUGCGCCAAGAACAGGACAGAGCGAAGCCGUCAACACAGCCAAUAACGUCGCACUUUCGACCGCUCGCCGGGUCGCUGGAGCAGUAUCGCUACGUCAGCUCCCCUGGCGGUGCCGCGCAGAACCACAGUCACACGCUACCAGCCGACAGGGGGCUCGGAGAGACGCAGUUCCAGUACAAGGUGAAAGUGCGCUCUGACGGCUCGCGAUACAUCGCUCGUCGCCCCGUCAGGAAGCAGAUGCUGAAGGAGAGGGCGGCACGCAUCACUGAGGAGCGAACCGGCGUUACCACAGAUGACGACGCUGUCUCCGAGCUCAAGCUGGGCCGCUACUGGCCUAAAGAAGAGAAGAAGCGGCAGCUGGUGCACGCUAGGGAAAAGAAGAUGAAACUGCAGGAAAGAAACCAAACGGCAUGCUUCCCGGAGGAUGGCGCACGGGACGAGCUAAGCUUGCGAAAACGACUGACUGCGCAAGGCAGCUUGAAUGCAAACUUUCAGAGAAGACCCCCCACUUCAUCGCGGAGGAGGAACCACAGCGAAGAGGCCUCCAAAUACACAAAGCCUACCCUGAGCGGCGGCAUUGUGCUGUCCGUGACCACCGUUUGACAUUUCACUCCACCAGAUGCUCGGUCGCCGCCUGCUGCCGCGGAUCGUGUGUCAGUAUGACUCGGUUGAGCUCCAUUUGACGUGCCUAGUUGCACAAGUCGCAAUCGCAAUGGGAACCCCGUGUGGAGCCUCUUCAGGAGACACCAGGAGCACUUCGUUUCCCUACGGACCACGACGACACUUCCCAGCACCCCGAACUGCGCUUCGUCUCCGCCCGUCCGUUACCACGGUGCUCGUGAGGUUUUUUGGCGUCUGCCAAUCCAGGACGGGCAUCCGAAGAGUUCUGGGCUUCCCUCGGAUGGGAAGAGUCCCGGAAGUGUUCUGGGCUUGCCACCCCUUCGGCGCCGUCCCGCCGUCGGACAUCCUAGCUAGUCAUGAGGCUCUGUAGCGAAGCUUUGGGAGAGUGGAAGUCCCUGGUGCGAGAACGCCGGUGUAGUUUUUGUAGGUCUCCGCCACGCAUGCGGGGUGAUGUGCUUCUUUGUUGUGGUUAAGUGAAAAUGGGCGGAGGUGCGGCCGUGAGAGCACUGCGCGAUGUUGUGACCACACAUAGCUGGGUAACAGAACGCUACAGCUGCGAGAAUCCUCGCCGAGGAUGCCUGGCUACUGCUAUAUUUACGAUACGUUAGCUUCGUGAUGUCGCGAGACGGUAAAUCUAAAAUGUCUUGUGAAAGAAUUUGCUGCUGAGAUGGCAUUCAUGUUGUAUAAACGCCAUUACACAAAGAAAAUCCGCGCCUGAGGAACGGAGCGUAUUUGAACCUGUCUAUCGAUUGUAACCUCCCAUCAAGAAAUUGCUGAUGCGUUUAGAUCAUUGGCCUGAAUGACCGUAUGGGUUCAUUCUAUUCCAAAUUUGUGUCGCUGUCGGGAAAGGUGUAUGCACGGUGCAUGCGUUCAGUGCAUCGAAAUGUCUUUUGACGACGGAAACAACAUUUGGGUCACUUAAGUUUCUGCGCAGGUUUCGUGUCUCUGUGAUCGAUUUUAUCGCGAAUUGUUUGUGCAACGUAUGUCUGAUGUCUCAAGAGAAAAGUGACUUCCGAA